AUGGAUGAGCAAAACAUAAAGCCCAUGCUCUGGGGGCGGGGCUGAGACGCAUCUUCCUUGUUUAUUUGCCCCCUUUAAGAGCCUGCGGCCGCACGAUCGCCUGGCAGCAUCACCACAGCGAUGAGUUCUGGAUUCCCUCCUGUAUGCGGGAGGUGAACCGUCCUUUGGAUCACACAGCCUGUGGUGACCUGUUCUAAGAACUAAAAGAUGGGUCACCUUUUACCUCAAAUAUAAAUCUCCCCGCACCUCUCGUUUCCGAUCGUGGGUGGGGGGGUUCGACUUUUUUUUUAUCAAACGGAUUUUCUCGCCCCGCUCUAAAAGCGCAAAUCGUACGCGCGCACUCGCAGGUUUCCAGUUUGGACCCAAGAUGGUGCUGAUGACGUGAUCAAAAGUACAGCCAAUCGAAUGUGAAGACAAGCCGCCCCCACGUGGGGCUGGCGCACGGCCAUUGGCCAAGCUAGACGAACCCCGCCGUGCGCCGCUCUCGCGGCAGCUCGGACCUCGUGUCAGCGGAGCAGAGGGAAGGAGAAGGAACGCACGGCGGAGCGAAGUGUAGCUGAGGAGCCCGUCGCGGCUUUAAACUUUCUAACGAGAGCCGACUCCCCGGUUCUCGUCUGAUUGAGUCUGUGGAGAAGCGAAGUGAUUCUAGUCUGGAUUGAUGGGAGUCGCACCGCGAGUCUCAGACUUUAUCUUCCUCGCCCCGGAUGAGGUGUCCCCGCUCGUAUAGCACCGCGAGCUCCGCUAGGAGCCGCCAAGACUCGUUCGGGAAGCAACCCCCUUGGAUUGUUUCUUCAAGUCUCUCUAGCGGUGUGCGAAAAUUGUAGAAACGAAGCAAAAGGAAAUUAUAUAAAGGACGCGGGUCUGAAGAUGUACCCACAGGGUCGGCACCCGGCCCCUCAUCAGCCCGGACAACCCGGAUUCAAAUUUACAGUAGCGGAGUCGUGCGAUAGAAUUAAAGACGAAUUUCAGUUUCUUCAAGCGCAGUAUCACAGUCUCAAGGUUGAGUACGACAAGUUGGCUAAUGAGAAAACAGAGAUGCAGCGUCACUAUGUUAUGUACUAUGAAAUGUCCUAUGGGCUUAACAUUGAAAUGCAUAAGCAGACGGAGAUUGCAAAGCGGCUCAAUGCAAUUUUAGCUCAGAUCAUGCCAUUUCUGUCACAAGAGCACCAACAGCAGGUGGCCCAGGCUGUUGAACGUGCCAAGCAAGUGACAAUGACUGAGCUGAAUGCCAUCAUCGGGGUACGUGGACUUCCCAAUCUGCCUCUCACCCAGCAGCAACUCCAGGCUCAGCAUCUUACACAUGCAGCGCACGGGCCUCCAGUCCAGCUACCACCUCAUCCUUCAGGCCUCCAGCCCCCAGGCUUGCCACCUGUCACAGGGUCCAGCUCAGGUCUUCUUGCCCUGGGUGCCCUUGGUAGCCAAGCCCACUUACCUGUGAAGGAUGAGAAAAACCACCAUGAUUUAGACCAUCGAGAGCGGGAGUCCAGCACGAAUAACUCUGUCUCCCCAUCUGACAGUGUACGAACGGUCAGUGAGAAACACCGUGGCUCUUCUGACUAUGGCAUUGAUCCCAAAAAGAGAAAAGUGGAGGAGAAGGACAACUUGAGUCGAUAUGACAGUGAUGGGGACAAGAGUGAUGACUUGGUGGUGGAUGUCUCAAAUGAGGAUCCAGCUACACCCCGAAUUAGUCCUGCUCAUUCACCACCUGAAAAUGGGUUAGAUAAAGGUCGGUCCAUUAAGAAAGAUGGUCCCAACAGUCCUGCCUCUGUCGCAUCAUCCAGCAGCACUCCGUCUUCCAAGACCAAAGACUUGGUCCAUAAUGACAAGUCUUCAACACCAGGCCUUAAAUCAAACACCCCAACUCCACGGAAUGAUGCUUCUACCCCUGGAACCAGUUCCACCCCUGGACUACGACCCAUCUUGGGCAAGCCGUCUGGUAUGGAGUCUCUAGCUUCAACUCUGCGAACACCCCUUUCCAUCUCUGGACCAUAUGGUACCCCUUUUGCCAUGAUGAGUCAUCAUGAGAUGAAUGGCUCUUUAACCAGCCCAGGUGUAUAUGCUGGACUACACAACAUGUCCCCACAAAUGAGUGCAGCAGCCGCUGCUGUGGCAUAUGGGACCAGGCCUCCCAUGGGAGGUUUUGAACCCCACCCACACAUGAGGACCCCUGGGCUUCCAGCCAGCCUCUCAUCCAUCUCUGGAGGAAAGCCGGCCUACUCCUUUCACGUCAGUGCUGAUGGGCAGAUGCAGCCUGUGCCUUUCCCGCCGGAUGCCCUGAUUGGUCCUGGUAUCCCUCGUCAUGCCAGACAGAUCAACACGUUGAGCCAUGGGGAGGUGGUUUGUGCUGUUACCAUUAGUAAUCCAACAAGGCACGUCUAUACUGGUGGCAAAGGGUGUGUCAAGAUCUGGGACAUAAGCCAGCCGGGCAGCAAGAGUCCAAUUUCCCAGUUGGAUUGUCUGAAUAGAGAUAAUUACAUUCGCUCCUGUAAGUUACUCCCAGAUGGACGUACACUAAUUGUUGGAGGUGAAGCAAGCACACUUACUAUCUGGGACUUAGCGUCUCCAACCCCUCGGAUCAAAGCCGAACUAACAUCUUCUGCACCAGCCUGCUAUGCAUUGGCAAUCAGUCCAGAUGCCAAAGUCUGCUUUUCCUGUUGCAGUGAUGGGAACAUUGCUGUGUGGGAUUUGCACAACCAGACGCUGGUCAGACAGUUCCAAGGUCACACAGAUGGUGCAAGCUGCAUUGACAUAUCUCAUGAUGGCACAAAGUUAUGGACUGGAGGACUGGACAAUACUGUGCGCUCAUGGGAUUUGAGAGAAGGCCGUCAGCUGCAGCAGCAUGACUUCACAUCCCAGAUCUUUUCUCUGGGUUACUGUCCAACUGGGGAAUGGCUGGCUGUUGGCAUGGAAAGCAGCAACGUCGAAGUGUUACAUCAUACAAAGCCGGAUAAAUACCAGCUGCACCUCCAUGAGAGCUGCGUGCUCUCCCUCAAGUUUGCCUACUGUGGUAAAUGGUUUGUCAGUACUGGGAAAGACAAUUUACUGAAUGCAUGGAGGACGCCAUACGGAGCGAGCAUUUUCCAGUCAAAGGAAUCUUCAUCCGUGUUGAGCUGUGACAUUUCUGCAGAUGACAAGUACAUUGUGACUGGUUCUGGUGACAAGAAGGCAACUGUGUAUGAAGUAAUUUACUGAGCUGCUGCCAGGAUGCCUUCUUGCUCAUGGCUGGGAUGUUUCCAGGAGCCUUUUAAAUCCAACUGAAUCUGGGAUAUUUUCUCUGAUGAAUGGACCACUCUGGGAUUGCUAAACCAGAAAUCCUCCUUUACUUCCAUGGAAGAUCUUUACAGGGGUGUAUUUCUCUUUUCAAUUGGUAUUGUGGGCCAAUCACGGAAGAAUUUGUUUUUAUUUGUUUCCUUUGUCUGUCUGGACAGAAAUACAGACAAAGCGUUCUUUUGGCACUGUACCAGUACUUAUUGGGAUUGCUGGAUAUUUUCUACUUCAGGACAAGUUCUUUAAUGUGAUUUUUUUUUUUUUUUCUUUUUUUGAAGCGGAGCUUCAUGAUUAAGACACUCAGUGUGCUUUGGAAAAUAUGUGAAAAAUGUAAAUUAUGGAGUAAUAAAAGAUUUUUACACGUAUACUCAAUGUGAGUCCUGGCAUGGAAGAGCCGGCCACCAUUCUCUUUGGCUUCUUCAGUCUUCUGGUGAUGAGGAUAGGAAUUGGUAAGGUUUUUACCACUCCGGGACUACUUGGAUCCAACUGGAUGGCAACUUUUUUUAGUUUUGCAGUCUCUGAGAUGGUGGGCCCUUAUGCUUGGUUUGGGGGGGGUUAUUGUGGGCUGGGUAGGAGUGAGUGGCAUUCUUUUACACUGAGACCUUUUGAAUGUGUUGGGAGCUGCGGACAGAUCCUGGUAAACUGCUGUUUUAGUUUUCCCAUGGCCUUGAGCCAGAGAGUUUGCCAUCACCUGUGAUUAGGGAUGGGGAGCACUGGCAACCUCUGUGUGUCCUGCUGAUGGCAUUUUUCAAGAGAAACCAGACUUGGACUAAUGCCAGAUACUCAUCAACUGAACAAAGCUUCCUUCGUGGAGGCCCUUUUUCUGUGUGCGCUAAGAUAGAUUUCUCUUGUGGCCAGCUUGGAGAAACUCCUUUUGACUAUUUUGUUGUUUGGAGGAUUGUGUGGCACUCAUAAGGAUCCAAUGGGGAAAAAGGUUGCACUUCACUGGAAGGCUUAUUAUAUCAGGUCCCAGUGUGCCAGCAACACGUGACAAACCUGCAGGCUCUGCUGUGGCUGCUUUCCUUGAUGUCGCAAGCCUUUCAAGCGUUGAGAGCUUCUAGUGUACAGUUUUGGGCCAAUCCAAUCUCUUUGCCACUGCCCACCCCAAGUCCUGUCAGACAGCAGCACAGUGCAUGAGAUGAAUUCUGUGUGGCAGCAGAAGUGCAGUUCAUUGAACUACAGGGAAACCUUGGUGCGUGUCCUCCUUGUUUUGAGCUUCUUUUGAAAUCUGGCAUUGAAAGAAUUGCUUUGUUACCAGAAAGCAGCAGAGCAGGGGCGAGCGUGACAAGAGAGUCUUACUGUCUCAAAAGCUUACACCAAAGUAUGUAGCAAUCUUUGUGAUCACUGAAAAGAUGUACAGCUGUUAAUAAC